CUGAGCAAAUAUGGCUGCCCGCAGUUGCAGAAUCGUGAGCGUGAUCAUGGGGAUGGAAUCGUGAGCGAAGAAGCUUUCAGUGGGGUCGCUUUUGACGUUUGCAAGAGCAAGGAGGUAGUAGGAGGCGUAAACAGUCCGACUCGGGCCAGUCGUUUCCUCCCCGGCACUUCGAAGGCGGCAAUGUUGGCGCUGUGUCGACAGGCGUUGCACAGAGUGCUUGCCGCUCCUGUUCUGGGGCCGACGAGUGGAUUGCCGGCAGCGGGACAGGUGCUUCUCAGGAACAACUUCAGCGUCGCAGCGUCCCUGUGCAAGCUUCGCGACGACUGGUUCAUGCCGGCACCACGAAGGUGGCCCAAGAAGAAUGACGAAAUCGAGCCGCCCCAGGAACCCGGCCAGCCACGCAACGAGGCCUGGGUGGUUCACUACCGCAACCAGAUCCGUUACUCGCCCAAGAAGAUGCUGCCCAUCGCGCAGAUGAUCCGCGGCAUGAGCGUCGACGAGGCGAUCAAGCAACUCACCUUUGUCCACAAGAAGGGCGCCAAGAUUGUCAUCGAGGUGCUCAAGGAGGCCCAGGACAUGGCCGUCCGGGACCACAACGUUGAGUACAGGUCCAACCUGUGGGUCGCCGAGUCAUUCUGCAACAAGGCGGUCACCAUCAAGGGCAUUCGGAGGCAUGCGCGGGCCAAGCUUGGUACCAUUCAUUACAGGUACUGCCACUAUUUUGUUCGACUCGUCGAAGGGCCACCCCCGGAGCAUUACUACGACCCACCGUUGACGCCGUCACAGAAGUUGGAAGAGUUCAUUCAAGAACUGAGGGAUAGGAGAGUCAAGUAUGGACGUUGAUCAAUUGCUAAGAAACAUUGUAUAAUAGAAUUAAAAUGGCAUCUUCAUCAAUCCAUUGUGUACAGU